AUGAAGGUACUGACUUUAAUCCUCAUCAUAACUACAUUAGUCACGGGAAGUCUCUUGAAUAACCCGAUAAUGAAGACAGCUCUUGGUGUUGUUGGUAUCAAAAUCAUGUCUCCAGACGACAUUCGAGGAGCUGCCUCUUCUGUACCUAGUCAAGGUGGUGUAGCCAAUUUUGCGAUGCAACCUCCUACUGCUCGUGAGAGUUCAGAACCUUCUGUCUUGAUUGAAGAAAUCCAGCAAAAGGUGUUAGAUGAAGUUCAAAGGCAAUUUGGUUUACUUCUUGACCUGUGUUAUUAUGGCCCAUAUGGAAUUCCAAUAUGGACUCCAAUCAUCUCUCCUGUUGUGACUUUAUUCACAAUCCUUCCAGUGAUGACUGCUUUUCAACAAAUAGAAAUCUUUAGAAAACAAAAGGAGAUGAUGGAAUACGCCAAAAUAGCGGGAAUGGCCAUGAACGGAUAUUCUGUUGCUCGAAAUCUCAAUCUUCGUCACAGAGUCAGUCUUGGUACUUGGCAAGACACAAACCCAUUAUAA